GGUAAAGUCAUCUUGGAGACAGAAAGACCUUCUUUGUGGGCAAAGAGAGAACUUUUGGUUCCAGUGAGCACUAAAGUCCCCGUAAAAAAGAAACUCCACACACUUAGAAACAAACUAAACAAAAAACUGUUUAGUGAUAUUAACCACUAUCUUUGAACAAUGAUUCAACUAGGGGAAGCUAAUUGACUUUGUUGAUGUGAAUGAGAGCAACAUGCGUUGGAUACAGGACUUCCGAAUGAAAUCUUAUGCAAAUCCUGCCAAGUUGGAGUCAAUUGAUGGUGCUAGAUAUCAUGCCCUGUUGAUUCCUAACUGUCCUGGGGCUUUGACUGACCUUGCAAACAGUGGAUACCUAGCUAGGAUAUUGCAGCACUUCAGCAAUGAGAACAAGCCUAUUUGUGCUGUGGGACAUGGAGUUGCUGCUUUAUGCUGUGCCACAAAUGAGGAUAAAUCGUGGGUAUUUCAGGGAUACAGCCUGACGGGGCCCUCUGUGUAUGAGCUGAUAAAGCAGCCCAGUUUUGCCAGUUUGUCCAUUAUUGUGGAGGACUUUGUGAAAGAUUCUGGAGCUACUUUUAGUGCCAGCAAGCCAGAUGCCAUACACAUAGUUGUGGACAGGCACCUUGUUACAGGACAGAAUGAGAAUUCCACUGUUAUAGCAGUCCAGAACCUUAUUAAUCUCUGCAAUGGCAGCAGGAAAUGAAGGAGCUGACCUCCUUGUAGCUGGAAUGGAUGAAGAGCCAGAGAGACUGAAGAUUUUCUUGUCUGUGAAUGGGAUGUCUUGCUGAUGAAGAGGGCCAUCAGCACUUCUGUUGACUCUGUGAUCAUGAAGAAGCAGUACCAAUGUACAUGCAGAGUGGAUAAAGCUUGUGAACAAGAAAGCAUUUACGUGUGUCACUCCUUAAACAUGAUCCUGAAAUAGUCUCACUUAUCUUUCUGGUAGUGAAACUUUUCUUGCAGAUUUUCUUCCCCCUGCCCUUGAAAAAAGAGGUUUCUACAUUUUACAUGGGAAAACAUCCUAAAAAGAGCAUAUAUAUUUAUAGUAUCAACACUUCUCCUUAUGCUAAAGGGCAGAGAUCCCCCAGGGCUAUAUGAUGUCAGCCCUUAGUUGGGAACCUGAUAAUUCAGCUCCAUAGCAAAACAGUUCUGGAAUACUCUCAAUUUAGGUCCAUUCAUUUAUCAGCUGGUGCCUGUGGUUCAAAUAUCAAACUCCACAAUUAAUGCUGCAUUGAAUUGCAGUUUGAAGUCUAUUCUAGACCUCUGUCCAAUGAGUCACAAAGUUGGCUCCAGACUCUCUAAAUGGAUUUUUGAAAGUGUGACAGAUUUGAGAUAUAAAGAAAAAUGCUUAGAUAAAUCCUGCAUGAGUGCAACUUGAACAAUUGAGUCUGAAGCAGCUCGCCUUGAUGAUACCAUUGACAUAAUGUGCUCUUUUCUCAUUGUGUAUUCAGGUUAAUGCACUUCUUUAAAAAAUCUGCUCAAAGGUUGUUUUAAAGGACCCUCUAAAAAGUCAUUUGCAGUACUGUCUUGUGCAGCAUGUAUUAUGAAUUUGUAUUGUUUGGAUUGUCAGAAAUAUUGAUCUCUGGCAAGUACAGUGUGAUUGUCUGUUCUUGGAAUUAAUUUUAUUACAGAAGUAAAAAUCUAGAAAUGAA